CACAAGCAAGCUGUACUACUAUCCAAAAGCGUUAGCUAGACUUUCUUCAACAUAUACUGAUCGAUAUGCAAUCAGACAUGUCACUCAUUUCCCAACUGUUUGGGGAUGAAACAUUGGAUCCCUUCCUUUCUAUGAUCAACCAGUGUCCAGUGCUCAGCACCCCAACUGAUUGGAAGGAGACCCCUAAAGCCCACGUUUUCGUUUCCGACCUGCCAGGGCUGAAGAAAGAGGAGGUGAAAGUGGAGGUUGACGAUGGCAGAGUGCUCCAAAUAAGCGGCGAGAGGAAAGUGGAAGAAGAAAAUGGUGGCGGUGAUAAGAAGGAUCGUCAGUAUAAGUGGCACCGUGUCGAACGUUGCCGUGGCAAGUUCCUCAGGAGGUUUAAGCUACCGGAAAAUGCCAAGACUGAUGACAUUCAGGCGUCCAUGAAGAACGGAGUGCUUACUGUCACUGUUCCCAAGCAGGAGGUUCCAAAACCUCAAAGGAAGGUCGUUGAGAUUGAAGCACAUUAACUAUUAAUUCAAGGGUUUAAUAAUAUAUGGGAUGUGUGUGACAAUAAAUGGUUAAUAGUGUGGUUAUGCAGGUUUGCUUUGUUUCUCAUGCAUAUUUUUCCUUUUUGUGAUGUACAUGAAACUGAAGGUAUGCAAUUUAUAUAUCGUUAAAUAAAGCUUGAUGUUUGCAAACUCAA